GAGUCGCAAAAUUCGAAGCAAGGAUAUGGAAAGCGCUUUAGAUAACACGGAAAACGUCGAGACCCUUAAGAAGAACUUUGAUGAAAUUUUAAACAAACUGUACUCGUUAGGUUUAAGUAUUCAUGUGUUGAAAGACAAAUCAAUCGUAUUUCCUUGCAACACCGGAGAGCUACAAAUCCUGGACGGUGACGAAGCACUAGAGCAUUUUAAUCGACCAGAAUACUCGAAUAAGGUCCUCACAUUUGGUUCGAGACAUUUUUAUUGCCAUUCCGAAUAUCUGCGUUUGCGAAGCGAGUAUUUUGAAGCGCUUUUUGCUGGAAACUUUCAGGAGACAACAAUGGAUCUAAUUUCUAUAGAAUUGCCAUCUCCUUCUCCCGACAUCGAACUAUUAUUGCGCUAUCUUUACACGGGAAAAGCACACGAGAAAAUGUUUUACGGCGUUGAAAUCUUUAAGACUGUCGAAAAUGGCAACUACUUGGGUGUUCACGAGCUGGUAUCCCUUGCUGUCGAAGCUUUUGCAGUUCGAUGGAAAAGUUUAGUGCCUUCGGCUUUGUUUAGACGAAGUGUCAUGGACGUCAACUUCGUUCGAGCUUUGUUAAAGUACGGUAGUAAGAAAGGCAUUUUUCAGGACGGAGACAAGUUGAAAAUUGUCGUGAAUUGGAGCGCAAAAACAGGUUCAGACAUUUCGGAAGCUCGUGCCUUAAUUCUUGAAAAUAAUUGUCUGGACACGGCCAGUUUAGCGGACCUGGAAUGGUUGAUUGAGGCCAACCCAGACUUGCUGACGGGGCUGGAGUUCACGAACUUUCGUAAUGUUUGUCAAAGAGCGAGACGAGAAAAUGAAGAAGUGAGAAAAUGCAGCAAGGCGGCAGAAGAGAAGUCGAAAGGACUCUUGGAGUGCGUGCGCAUACUGACGAAGCAAUUGGAAGAAAUUCGCUGCACCAAAUGUCGGAUGUACAUGCCUCGGGCGGCAAUAAAGACUCGGACCUGCGUUAAAAUGGAUCACUCAGGAGAAUAUACCAUCCACCAGGGAUGGAGCUGUUGCAAGCAGUUUAAGAAAAAGUCCAAAGGAUGUAAACCUGUUGAAGUCACAAGACACACGCCCGGCAGAUCAUCUAGCAGCAGCAGUUAGUUGAUCGAUUUGCCAUUUCUUUUAUUUUUAACUUGGAAUUUUUACUAUUAAGAGUUUUUUAAAUCAUGGAAACUUUGUUGGCGCCAUUAGUUUUUAACAAUACAGAUUAAUUUAUCUUUAUAGUUUAAUACUGUCUGUAAAACUUAGGGGAAUGCAAGAUCAUUAAUUUUUUUACUGAAUUGUUGUUAAAUGUUGUAAUUCCCCUGUUUUUUCCAAUAUCGAGCUUACCAAAACCCGACCGGCUAUAUUCGCUGUGGCUAUACGGUAAUGCACCCAGUGUAAUUUCCCGUAUUUUCAGAUAUUCUUGAAAUGCA